CAAACCGAUUGACCAGAUUUUCACAAACUUCACGAAGAAUGACAAGAUAACCUUUGCAUUUGCAGAGCAAACCAUGGCUCUGAACCUCGUACACCCCAAACUCCCUCUAUCUUCUUCUUCCAUUUCACACCACAUACACUCUCAUACUCUUUCAAAACCCUUCUUCCUCUUACACUCCAAAACCUCAACUUCACUACUCUCCAAAACCCUAUGCGUAUCUAAUGCCCCACACGUUUCAACAACCCCCAUUUUCCUCCCAUAUCUCCAACAACAACAAGAGGACAUAGAAGAAGCACCAGAACCAGAACCGGAACCGGAACCGGAACUAGAAGUAGAAGAUGACCCUGAUGAUCCAAUCUACAAAUUCUUCAAAACCCGCACUCGGGUUUCCUCUGAAGACCCUGGAAAAGAAGGAAAAUUGUCCCUUCAGAAGAACCGUCGCAUCUCAUGGCAUCUUGCCUCUGAUACCAGUGACCUUGUUGAAGAAGAAGCUGAAAUGGGUUUGGAGGAAAGUCCCUUGUUGGCUGAGGAGAAGGAAGAAAUUGUAUAUCAGAAGAAGGUUUUACCUGAAGGCAUCGUGGGGGAGAUUGUUCAGCUUGCAAGGAACUUGCCACAAAAUCUGACACUGGAAGAGGCUUUGGUUGAGUAUGAAGGAAGAGUUCGUGAGAAAGAGUGCUGGGAGGUUUUGAAAAUACUUGGGGAGGAGCAUCUUCUGGUGUGUUGUUUGUAUUUCUUUCAGUGGAUGAGGAUGCAGGAACCAUCACUUGUUACACCUCGUGCAUGUACUGUGUUGUUUCCAUUUCUGGGAAGAGCAAUGAUGGGUGAUAAGUUGAUGGUUUUGUUCAGAAACUUACCAUCUAGCAAGGACUUUAGAGAUGUUCAUGUUUAUAAUGCCGCUAUGUCAGGCCUUCUCUCCAGUGGCAGGUAUGAAGAUGCUUGGAAGGUGUACGAGUCAAUGGAAACGGAUAACGUUCUUCCAGAUCAUGUGACAUGCUCUAUUAUGGUUAUUGUUAUGAGAAAACUUGGCCAUAGUGCAAAAGAUGCAUGGGAAUUUUUUGAGAAAAUGAGCAGAAAAGGAGUCAGAUGGGGUGAAGAAGUCAUAGGUGCACUAAUAAAGUCAUUUUGUGUUGAGGGUCUGAUGAGUGAAGCUCUCAUCGUCCUAUCUGAAAUGGAGAAGAAAGGGGUUUCUUCAAAUGCAAUUGUGUACAAUACCUUGAUGGAUGCAUAUUGUAAAUCCAAACGCUUGCAAGAAGCUGAAGGCCUUUUUGUUGAGAUGAAAGCCAAAGGGAUUAAGCCAACUGAAGCGACCUUCAACAUUCUAAUGCAUGCAUACAGCAGAAAAGCGCAACCUGAGAUUGUGGAGAAGCUGCUGGCAGAAAUGCAGGAUGUUGGCUUGAAGCCAAAUGCCAAAUCAUAUACUUGCCUAAUCGGUGCUUAUGGGAAGCAGAGAAAUAUGAGUGACAUGGCUGCAGAUGCAUUCUUGAAGAUGAAGAAAGAUGGUAUUAAACCCUCUCCACAUUCUUAUACAGCUCUAAUUCAUGCUUAUUCAGUUAGUGGCUGGCAUGAGAAAGCUUAUGCAGCAUUUGAGAACAUGCAAAGGGAAGGUAUUAAACCUUCCAUAGAAACCUACACUGCUUUACUAGAUGCAUUUAGACGUGCUGGUGACACCCAAACAUUGAUGAAAAUAUGGAAGUUGAUGAGGAGGGAGAAAGUUGAAGGAACACGGGUGACAUUCAACACUCUUGUCGAUGGUUUUGCUAAACACGGUCUCUACAAGGAAGCAAGAGAUGUAAUAUCUGAAUUUGGGAAUGCUGGAUUGCACCCAACAGUGAUGACAUACAAUAUGCUGAUGAAUGCAUAUGCAAGAGGAGGGCAACACGAGAAGCUGCCAGAAUUAUUGGAAGAGAUGGGAACUCAUAACUUAAAGCCAGAUUCUAUAACUUAUUCAACUAUGAUAUACGCCUUCAUCCGUGUUCGAGAUUUUAGGCAGGCAUUUUUUUACCACCAGGAGAUGGUCAGGAGUGGGCAGGUGAUGGAUGUCAAUUCUUACCAGAAGCUUCGAGCGAUUCUGGAUGUCAAAGCUACAAUGAAAAACAAGAAGGAUAGAAGAUCCUUGAUUGGUGUAGUUAGAAAUAACAUGGGAGUAGUGAAACCAAAGAGAAAAAAAGAUGAGUUAUGGAAGUACAGGAAAAGACAUGUGAAAAAUCGGUAGUUCUGUUAUCAGCAUAAUGUAAGUAAUGGAUGCAAUACCUAUUGAGAAUUACAAGUUCAAUUUUGACCCAUUUUUUAUUUCUCUAAAUGGGUAGCAUCAGGAGCUUCUUGAUUUUAACACACACAAUAUUUGUCAUCAUAUAUUGCCUCUUCAAUCAACAAUGCAUGUUACCCAGU